GAAUACGGAGAAAGAAGAGAUGAGAAGAGAAGCAAUCGACAGUGUAGUUGGUUUGUGGGGGCGAUACAAAGUAGAGAUUUCGAGAAAACCAAAAUCCCUCUUCCUUCCUCCACCUCCUCCUCAACCACACGCACCAAAGAAGCAACGCAAACAGAUUCAGAAAUCAAAAUCAUUGUCAAUGGCGUAAGAGAAGUGUUAAUCGGCCCAUAUUUCAAAGAAUUUGUUCCCUUCUCUCUUUUUUUUCCUUAGAUUUCCCCUCUCUUUUCAGUUUUUCCCUUCUGAUCUCUGCCUGGUCUUGUUUCAAUCUCCGAACCCAUCUCCGGCGAGGCCAUGCGGAGAGGCAGGGGACCCGCAGCGGCCAGGGCGUCGCCUUCUCCGGCGCCCGGCGACCCCAUCGGAUCUGGGUCGCGAAGCCCGGCAAAGGAACCCAGAUUUCGUGGCGUGAGGAAGAGACCAUGGGGUCGAUUCGCGGCGGAGAUCAGAGACCCGUGGAAGAAAACGAGGGUGUGGCUGGGAACGUUCGACUCUGCCGAGGACGCGGCUCGGGCCUACGACGCCGCCGCCCGCAGCCUCCGGGGACCUAAGGCCAAGACUAACUUCCCCCUUUCGCCGCCGUCGAUUCUGCCGCCAUUGAACCCAAACGAUCCCUUUGCCGAUCAACAGUACCGGCUGUACUCGGCGGACAAUUUUCACGAGCAUCAGGUGUUGCCUCCCCAGAGGCCCACAUCGAGUGGUAUGAGCAGCACCGUCGAAUCUUUCAGCGGGCCAAGGCCCUCGCAGCCGAAGGUAGCGGUUCACCCGGCGCCGCCAAGAACCGCGACGCGGAGACACCCCCGAACGCCGCCUGUUUCGCCGGACGAUUGUCACAGCGACUGCGAUUCCUCGUCGUCGGUCGUCGACGAUGCGGAGAUCGCCUCUUCGUCCUUUCCAAAACUAUUACCGUUCGAUCUCAACUUGCCUCCGGUGGAUGACGAUCUUGGGCUCCCCGGUGGCGAUGAUUGUUACAACACGGUCUUGUGCCUCUGAUCAUCAAAAAUAUUUUUAAUUUUCUUGCUUUCAUUUUAUUCUUAUGAUGCGGGAAAUGAAAAAGGAAAAAGAAAAAAAACAGAUAUAAAAUCAUCUCAUGCCUACGAAUCUAGGGUUGAUGCUUUGAAGAGAAUCAUCGUUUCUGUUUUUUUGCCAA